AUGUCGAGUCUUGCAUUUAUUUUUGAUAUGAUUUUUUCAUGUAUUGUUACAUUAAUACUUCUUUAUCGUUGUGGAGAUUAUCGUCGACAACAUCCAAUAACUACUGGUGCUGUAUUUAUAGCAUGGUUCUUUUCAAUUCUUAUUGUAUUUAUCCUUCCAUUGGAUAUUUCACUUGCUGUGUAUCAAGAUUGUCUGGAUCAUCCUCCACCAGUGACCAUACAGCCUCCUAUUGUUAAUUUAAUUACGAGUAAUUCAACUGGUUUUGUAUGUCCUCGACCAUGGUCUUAUAUUAAUCCAGAUGUAUAUAGAGAACUAUGGCGUGUUGUUUAUUGGACAUCACAAGUUCUUACUUGGUUUAUUUUACCACUGAUGCAAUCAUUUUGUGAAACGGGAGAAUUUUCUAUUAAAGGAAAAAUUCGAUAUGCAAUUAAAGCAAAUUUAAUUUUUUAUGGUGUACUUACACUUCUAUUCGUUGUUCUUAUUAUUUAUGUAGCAACUAAAGUUUCAUUGACAUGGUCGUAUUUUAUGGCAACAAUCGUAGCUGCCAGUACAACUUGGGGUCUUUUUCUUCUUGUUUUGAUGCUUGGUUAUGGUCUUGUUCAAGUUCCAAAGAAUAUAUAUAAUCAUUCUCGAACAGUCUAUAUGCUUGGUCAUAUACAAUUUAAAUUAUCUCAACUUUAUAAUGAAAAAGUUGAAAUAGAAGAACGUUUAGAUUCACUUAUCGAUGAUGUUACUAAAUUUUGUAUGCAAAUAAAAGCAAAUGAUCCAUUACGUCCAUGUCUUGAACAAAUAAUUAAAAUUGUACCUGAACAAUAUUCUAAUCGAAUUAAAUUAACAAUGGAUGAUUAUGAUAAUAAUCGAAUAGCAGUAGUAAAUCAUUUUAACGAUUUUGAAAAAGAAAGAGAAUUAAUUAAAUUACAUGAACGUUUAAAAAAGAAUAUUCAUAUUCAUAAUCGUGUACAAGUAUCAUGGGUACAAAUGAUUUAUGAAGCAUUUUAUUUAGAAGAUAUUGUUAAUAACGAAAAAAAUACGAAUCAUGAAUUUGUUAGACAAAAUCCAUUACCACCAUCAUGGUUUAGAAAAUACUUAUUUGAUGGACAUCCAGUAUUAGAAUGGUAUACGUAUUGUCUUAUCCGUCCAUGGGCACUUCGUCUUCUUGGUGUACUAUUAGCUAUUGUAUCACUCUUAGUUAUUUGGUCUGAAAUGACAUUUUUCAGUACAAGACCUGUUCUAUCGUUCUUUGCUCAAUGUGUAAAUACGGCUCGUAAUCAUUAUUCUUAUUUUACUAUUGAAGUAUUUUGUUGUUUAAGCAUUGCAUAUUUAUGUUUAUGUGCAUAUUAUACAAUAUUUCGUAUUCGUAUAUUAGAUUAUUUUUAUCUUUCACUUUAUCAUUUAACAGAUGACAAUAGUUUAAUAUUUGCAGCAACAUUUUUAUGUCGUUUAACAGCACCACUUUGUUAUAAUUUUCUUGGUAUGAUACAUUUAGAUCAAGCUAUUACAAAUAAAACUGAUCGUGAUGAAACUAUUUUUACACAAAUUAUGGGUCAUUUGGUAGCAAUACCAAUUGUAUCAAUGGGUUUUAAUUUUUACUUUCCAAUGUUAAUAUGUUUAUUAAGUAUUGGAACUUUUUUUCGACUUGGUUCAAGAUGUUUACAUGCUUGUGGUUUUCGACAAUUUUUUGAUGAUGAUGGUAUAUCAGCUGAAUAUGUUGAAGAUGGAAAAAGUUUAAUGGCAAGAGAACGUCGAAAUUAUGGUGGAGUUGAUACUUUAGCUCAUACAACAACAGCAACAGAGCGUCAAAAUAGAAGAAGAGAAUUAGAAGAAAAAUAUGGACUUAGAUCAGCCUCAGCUAUGGCAUCGAAUAAUCUUCAUCGUAAUAAUUCAGAAACUCGUCGAUUAAGAUCAAGUGUUGAUGAACCUUUAUUAAAUGCUGGUUCUGAUACAGCAACUCGUUCAGGUAAAUAA